UCUUCCAUUUUCAUUUCUCAUUAAAACCUAAAUCACUUCAUUACUACUAAAACCUCCCUCCCUCUCUCUCUCAGAGCAAGAUAAACAAGAUGAAGUUCAACAGUAAUGGAAGCUCAAAGAGAAGGCUUUCUUCUACCAAAGGAGUUGGAGCUGUGCUCAGAGAGCAAAGGGCAAGGCUUUAUAUCAUCAGGAGAUGUGUAGUUAUGCUUCUCUGUUGGCAUGACUAGCUAAUUAAGCUCUAACCCUCUCUCUAAUAUAUAUUUGUUUAUUUAAUUUCUACUACAAACAUCCUCUUUACGAGCUCUAUCUAUAUAUAGGCAUGGAAGUGAGAUUUUAGAGGAUUUUUCUUUCCUUAUUUCUAAUUUUCUUGGUGGAGUGUAAAUAGCUUUUGCGGGAUUAAGCAAAUUUUGUUGUGGAAUUAUAUAUUUGUAUACACAUAUCGGAUAGUAUUAAUUAAUACGAAAACAACGUUAAUUUCAAUUA